UUAUCUUCCUCUUCCUGGAUUGGACAAGUUCAUACUGACGUUGCUACUGCUCACCAAGUUGCAGUUUAAGUUACUAAAUCAAGAAAUUGAAAAGGUGUUCAAUGAGAUGGCCAGUUCAGAAGGAAAAUGGAAACAUUUCGAUAAAAAAAUUAAAAAAAUUGUCGAGUACCACGACUUCCUUUUGGAUUUUGUAAACAGAAUAAAUGACGUAUUUUCUGAAGGGUUACUUGUAUACGUCAUUGUCAUCGUGUUGUCCAUGUGCGUCCAAAUGUACAUUGUAUCGACACAGCAUUCACUAAUGGAAUUAAUAAAACCUCUAUUUUACUUGACCAAUGCACUGGUUCAAUAUAUUUUCUGUUAUUGCUUACCCGCACAAGCUCUAUCUGAUGAGGCGGAUCGUACAACGGAAUACGCUUAUUUUAGUAGAUGGUACGAGAAUCCAUCUUCAGCAAAAGUAGCUCAGUUGAUGAUACUCGGGAGAAGUCAGAAGAAAACACAUAUUUUAGCUGGUGGUAUUGUCAAAAUUGAUUUGGAAACCUGUCUGAAAGUAUUAUUUCUAAGUUUGACGUCGCUGGUAAUUAAAGCGAAGUCUUACCUUAUUAUCAGUAACCAGUGA